AGGCGCGCGCUGCUCCAGCACUCGGUCAUAACGCGAGGCGCGCGCGCUUGACUCGGAGGCGAAGGAGAACGUUCAACCGGAUGAGGAGCAUAACUUCAGCGUCACACCAUCGCCGUGCUUCAAUGUUGUUCCUGAACAUGAGCUCGACGCUGGGAGGUUGAUUUUUCUAACGUGUUGCCGGAUCGAGCGAAGAGACGAAGAGAAGAGAAUAAAAUCCCCGCGCGUCAGGGAGGAUAUUUUACGCCGAAGCGUUUUUAAUGGUUUGAGGUGCGGCGUGUGUCGCCUGGCGCAGGAGACUCUCACCAAGAGUGUUUCACAAACAAGAACAACUUCAGUUCCAACGGACGUUUUUUGCAAACCGUACAAGUUUGCAUCACCUUUAUCCUUUUCGUCACAUUUGAAAGUUUUGGCUGAAGCGGAGCGACCUGACGCGCCGCGCGACUCUUCCAUCAAUCUGCCUGAUGCGUGUCCGUCGGCGGAUUUCUCCCGGUCCUGUCAUGGGGAAAACUAGUGAAAAGACUGCGAAAGGAGAAAGAGGGUGUACUGGAUUCAUUAUAAGCAUUUUCCUGCUUGCCGUCUUCAUCAGCACCAGUAGAGCUCAAGAUGAUGACUACUUGGGGUUGGGCGAGCUUCCCGAGACCUUCCCUUCGGACCCACCAGAGCCCCUCCCCCACUUCCUGAUGGAGCCUGAAGAGGCAUACAUUGUCAAAAACAAACCAGUCAAUCUAUACUGCAAGGCCACACCUGCUACUCAGAUCUACUUCAAGUGCAACAGCGAGUGGGUGCCCCAGAAGGAGCACACGGUGGAGGAACGUGUGGACGAGACCUCUGGUCUGGUGGUGAGAGAGGCGAGUAUUGAGAUCACAAGGCAGCAGGUGGAGGAGCUCUUUGGACUUGAGGAUUUCUGGUGCCAGUGUGUGGCCUGGAGCUCAGCUGGUACCACCAAGAGCCGCAAGGCCCACGUCCGCAUUGCCUAUCUCCGAAAAUCCUUCGACCAGGAGCCGCUGGGGAAAGAGGUGUCUCUUGAACAGGAAGUGCUCCUCCAGUGCCGUCCACCUGAAGGAGUCCCUGCUGCAGAGGUCGAGUGGCUGAAGAACGAAGAGGUCAUCGAUCCUGCUGAUGAUCGUAACUUUUACAUCACUAUCGACCACAACCUGAUCAUAAAACAGGCUCGUCUGUCAGAUACUGCUAACUACACCUGCGUAGCCAAGAACAUCGUGGCCAAGAGGAGGAGCACCACAGCCACUGUUAUAGUCUACGUGAACGGAGGCUGGUCGACAUGGACCGAGUGGUCGGUGUGUAACAGUCGCUGUGGGAAAGGCUUCCAGAAGAGGACCCGGAGCUGCACCAACCCAGCGCCCCUCAACGGGGGAGCCAUCUGUGAAGGCCAAGCCAUCCAGAAACUGGCUUGCAACCCUUUAUGUCCAGUGGACGGUUUGUGGACAGAAUGGAGUAAAUGGUCAACAUGUGGGACAGAGUGCACCCACUGGAGGAGGAGAGAGUGCACCGCACCGGCUCCGAAAAAUGGCGGCAAGGACUGCGAGGGCAUGGUGCUCCAAUCCAAGAACUGUACCGAUGGCCUGUGCAUGCAGAGUUCCCUAUAUCAGAAGUCCUCUGAACCAAAAGGCAAGAGUGAUGAUUAUGGAUAUUCAUCUGCCCCAAGCACAGACGACGUGGCUCUCUAUGUGGGCAUUGUCAUCGCCGUAAUCAUGUGCUUAGUCAUCUCCGUCAUCGUGGCCCUCUUCGUUUACCGCAAGAACCACCGCGACUUCGACUCGGACAUUAUCGAUUCCUCUGCUCUCAACGGUGGCUUCCAACCAGUCAGCAUCAAGACGGCUCGCACAGCUGAUCUCCUUACCGCACCCCCUGACCUGACCUCGGCGGCGGCCAUGUACCGUGGUCCUGUCUACGCCCUCCAUGAUGUGGCUGACAAAAUCCCCAUGACUAACUCUCCUUUGCUCGACCCCCUGCCCAACCUGAAGAUCAAAGUGUACAACUCGUCCGGCACGGUGACGCCACAGGACGAGCUUUCUGACUUCUCGUCCAAACUUUCUCCCAAGCUGGCACACUCGCUCAUCGACAGUGACACCAUGGGACGUCGCACUCAGAGCCUGGUGCGCUCCCGAGACCCGUCCUGCACCGCCUUUGGCUCCUUCAACUCCCUCGGAGGGCACCUCAUUGUGCCCAACUCAGGCGUGAGCUUGUUGGUGCCAGCGGGUGCUAUCCCUCAGGGACGGGUGUAUGAGAUGUACGUGACGGUGCACAGGAAGGAGACAAUGAGACCUUCAGUGGAUGACACUCAGACGGUUCUGAGCCCAGUGGUGAGCUGUGGGCCUCCAGGAGCUCUCCUCACCCGGCCGGUCAUCAUCACCAUGCACCACUGUGCUGAGGCUGACAAUGAUGAUUGGCUGAUUCAGCUGAAGAGCCAGUCGCAGCACGGCCAAUGGGAGGACGUGGUGGUAGUGGGGGAGGAGAACUUCACCACACCCUGCUACAUUCAGAUGGACGAAGAGGCGUGUCACAUCCUGACCGAGACGCUGGGGACGUACUGCUUAGUGGGUCAGUCAGUGAGCGCGGCCACCACCAAAAGACUGAAGCUGGCCGUGUUCGGUCCUGUCACCUGCACCGCUCUGGAGUACAACAUCCGAGUGUACUGCCUGGAUGACACGCAGGACGCCCUCAAAGAAGUGCUGCAGAUGGAGAAGCAGAUGGGUGGGAAGCUCCUGGACGAACCAAAGACCCUGAACUUUAAGGACAGCACCCACAACCUGCGUUUGUCGCUGCAUGACGUCCCACACACGCAGUGGAAGAGCAAACUGCUAGCCAAGUACCAGGAGUUGGCGUUUCAGCAGGUGUGGAGUGGUUCUCAGAGGAACCUGCACUGCACCUUUACUCUGGAGCGCUUCAGUGCUGCUACGUUGGAGCUGGCCUGUAAACUCUGUGUGCGCCAGGUGGAAGGCGAGGGCCAGAUCUUCCAGCUCAACACCACGCUGUCGGAGGACUCACAGUGUAUUGAUACGUCUCUGCUGGACCCAGCGAGUAACAUCACCACACUAGUGGGCCCUAACGCCUUCCGCAUCCCUCCCUCCAUCCGGCAGAAACUGUGCAGCAGCCUGGACGCCCCUCAGACCCGCGGCAACGACUGGAGGAUGCUGGCACACAAACUCAGCCUGGACAGGUACCUAAACUACUUUGCCACCAAGUCCAGUCCAACUGGUGUGAUUUUGGAUCUAUGGGAAGCUCAGCACUUCCCCGAUGGCAACUUGAACCGAUUGGCUGCUGUGCUAGAGGAGAUGGGUCGCCAUGAGAACAUUGUACCCAUGGCAACCGAGCACUGAUGCCCAUCAACCACAGUGAAUGACUGAAGAAGAAGUGAUGGGUGAAUAACUGGGGGAAGGAGAGCAGAGGACUGGAACACUGCAGCGGGACACACGGGCACGGUGGCUUUUCCCUCACAGCCCUACGCAGGGGGAGUCGAGCGGCAACUCACUAACGCUAGAGGAUUCGAAGGAAGAAAAUUCAGGACAAAUUGUACUUUAAGCCCUGUCUGUACACUUCCUGGUACAGUUUGUUUUCACUUUCUUUCAGGUUCCAGUUUUCUUUUUCUUCUUUUUUCUUUUUUUUUUUUUACUUUUGUCAAAUCAGUUUCUUAGGAAACGCACGACUUCUGCUGUCCAGAUAUUGGACUUAGUCCACUUUUUUCUCUGACAUAUGGGAUAAUCAGUAAUAGACAGUGACUGAUGUUUGUUUGUUUAAGGGUGUGCAAGUGUGUGUUAAGGCAAGGCCCCAGUUAAGAGAAAUCAAAAGCAUCGAAACCUCUUGAGUGCCAUCAAUCCGUGUCAGUAAUUAACGCUUUUGCAUUAAAAUAGAUACAAUUGAUAAAAAUGUUCCCUUUAUGAUGAUGAUGAUGAUAUUUAAUAUUGCCUUUAUUUAUACUCAUUUAUUACUAUUUUCCCCUCAUGCAGCGUCCCAUUAUGUAUUUUUCCCUUUCUAACUUUUUUUUAAGAAACAAAUCCUGUAUUGUCUGCCGUGUAUGUAUUUUUUUACAGUGCCACCCAGUGGGCAUUUUCUGAAACUACAAAUUUUCAAAAAUAUGCAGCUUGUAAAUAAGCAUUCAAGGCCAUUGUACAUGUAAAGUUUAACAGUGUUAUUGUUCUCUGGUUCUUAUUUUUGGAUUAAUCGUGUUCGGUUGCAUUUGUGAUCUGUAGUUAAUCGCAACUUUAAUCGAGACAUGAAAAAAAGAAAAAUAGCAUCCAAAUGCUUGCUAUUUUUUUUUAACCAAGGUCACGCUUUUGGAGGUUUUAUAAACCUUUCUCUGCCUUUACUGGUUCUCUGUUUUAGUCUGCUGGGAGAAAUCUGACCUUGAUGAAGGAAAUCAGGAAAACAGGCACAGAGAGGGGGAAAAAAAGCCACAGACUUGUUAUGGAUUUGGUCACAGUUUUUGUCUAAAACAUCAUACUAAUGCACUAAACCAUAUCAAAAAGAUUUUAUUUUAUUAUAGUAGUAAUAAUAAUAAUAAUAAUAAUAACAGUAUAUUAUUAUAUUAUUAUUAUUAUUAUUAUUAUUAUUAUUAUUAUUGUUUUUAUAAAGACUGUAAUAAGAAUACAGAUUAUCACAGUAAAUUGUAUUGUGGACACCUUGGCUACGUCCAGAAUACCAUUUGAGGGCGAUAUGACUGAAAUAUAUCAUCUCAUAUACUUGAAGCCAUUUAUACGAUACACAGUAAUGUAUCAUAAGAAUCACAGCAAAAACUAUUUUGUAAAAAUAAAAACCUUUGCCGUUAAUGCCCUAAAUGUUUAAUUAUUUAAGACUAAAAGGGAGGAACUGUGAUGAAUUCUGUUAAAAUAGAAUAAAAAUAAUUGUGUUAAUUUUAACAUCAAUUCAGCUGCUAGCAGUUUGUUUAAUUAGUAAAGUAGAGAGUUUUAUUUUCCCCUUAUAUAGCAGUAUUAUGCUGAUAUUGGUCCGGUAACUAAACACGGUACGGUGACACGUGUGGUAACUAUAGCAACCUUUCAACUGGUUCAUUUCACUAGUGAAUCCUGUGUGCUGUUUUUAGUUUUAUUUACUAUGUGGUUUUGACCUUUUUCCGCUCGGUGGUAUUGGACGUAGCCGGGAGGUGAACAGCCAUGCUGUUUGAUUUUUUACUUUCAGCUUGCGGUUUAAGAGUCUUCAUGGUGACUCUGUUGUGAUUUAAGCCGAGGCAGCGCUGCUGUACAUUAGAGAGCAGAUUGAUGAGAGUGCAUGUCUCCCUCUGCGCAGUGUAUUUUGCAGUCUCCUGUCUUACAUCCCCCCCGCCGCUCAUUUCAUUUUUGGUGUCCAAAUUUCUCAAGCUGUCUAUGCAACUUCUGCAUCCUUUCUUUAAAAAAAAUAAAAAUAAACAAAACCCUGAAUUGUACAUGCAUACAAAGCUCUAGCUGUUGCGUUCCAUAGUUCCCAUAGCUCUGGAUUAUUAUAUUUAUAGUGAGGAUGUUACUUAUUCUUUUAUGGCACGUUCAUGAUGUAAUUUGCAAAAACAUACAAACAAACAAACAAACAAAAAAAAAAGAACCAAACAAAAAGCUUGCAUCUCCUCUGUGAAAUUUCUGUACAAAAUGUAAGAAAGAAUUUUUAAACAAGUAAUAAAUUAUAUUUAUAUGCAACACUGAA